CUCAUGGGCAGGCGGCGCUACCAUCGUACCCCUUUAAUAAUGGCGUAGGUGCGUGAGUUUCUGACCGUUGGUGGAGCAGCCUCAUACUCGAGAGUCGUCAAUUGCUAACUUGUGUUAGUGAUUGUUAGGCGUGUUUACUUCGCUGUUCGACUCGCUGUACACAGAACUUUAUCAGCUCCAACCUUAUGUGCGCCUAUGGCCACAAAACCGCUCCGCCCUGCGCCUCCACCGCCAGUGCCGAAGGCUAGUGCACAAUCUCAAGCGCCUUCACUAGCUCAAAGAGAUAGCAACAACAACAAGAACGAGCGGAAGAAUGGUGUUGCACCGAGCCGGCCCACAGUUAUUCGACCCAAGGUCGUUCACACACCCAAGAAGAAGCCGCCUCCAAGGCCUCCACCACCAAAGGUUGGUGGCUUGCGUUCACAAAGGAACUCGGCACACAGUGAAUCUCACAUUGGCAGCAACGCUGCAGCAGCAGACAUUGAUGCGUUUUUCGGCUCAUCGGCGAAGAAAGACCCUUCUUGGACUGCAGUGCCAAAUGGGACGUCUUCUAGCCUAUUCUCUCGCCGCACUGGAUUUGUACGAGGCCAGCUGAACCUCUUUGGUUCGACCGGAAAGGGACAGCAGAAGGGAGCGCAAGCAAAGAAGGGGCCUGCACCGAAGCAGCCUAUUGCGGGUGCCGUCAGAAGCUCAUUUCGCAAAGGUGCAGCACCCGCACCUCCCGUGCCGCCACAUCGUGUGCCUCUUUCUGGUGCCACGGGCAAGGACAAUGGGGCACUGUUGAUCAGCUUUGAUUCUCCGCCAGCGUCACCGACCUGUUCGGUGAACAGUGGCUCAUCAGGUGCCAGCAGCGCAGCAUCGGGUGGUGGUCCAGGUGUUAGCAACGGAGGCCCCGUGUCGCUACUUGACUUGGAUGUGCCCCCCAUGCAGGAUGCACCAUGGGCUGGAGGGCGUGGCCUGCCCCACUCGCAGACAACUUUCUGGGGAAUGUCCCGUGAAGGGGGUGCUGGUGACGCAGCGCAGGACGACUCCUGGAACUUUCCCCGUAACGCAUCCCUGCCCAGUUUGUCCCAGGAGGCAAGCCUGCCUGCUUCAAGUGACCCCUGGAACUUUCCCGAGGCCAGCAUUGAUAGCCACGACAGGUCUCCAACUGAGGAGGAGUGGUCUCCACCUCCGCCAAUGCACCCACCGCCAGCACCGCCACUUGAAGAGGAUAGCGCGCAACAGGACCUUUCAGGAGCAGCUGUAGCAAGGCAAGAUUACCAAGCAUCUGCACCUGGGCAGCUCUCGCUAAAGGUGCAUGACCUCGUUGCGCUCCUAUCUGAAGAAGGGGCCGACUGGUACAGGUGUCGCUGUGGCACCGAAGAAGGCCUGGUACCCAAGAGCUGCUUGGACGUACUGGUUCUGCCGAGGAGGACUCCCAUGGAAAAUGGUGUUUCAGCGACGUACCGCAGAGCUCUGUACGACUUCGAGGCAGAGUCCAGCCAGGAGCUGAGCCUUCGGCAAGGGAACAUGGUGCGCCUGCUUGGUGUCUUGGACAGCGAUUGGGCUCUCGGAGAGAUCCACGGAAGAAGGGGCCGUUUUCCUCUUGCAUUCCUGGAGCCUGAAGCCCAGCCAGCAGGGUGCCCAGCAAUCGCGUUGUACAGCUUUAAUGCGGAACAAGACGGAGACCUGGGAUUCUCGGAAGGAGACACGGUUAUCGUACUUUCUCGUAUCAACAAGGACUGGCUGUACGGAGAGCAUAAAGGCAGGAGAGGGCAGUUCCCGGCUUCCUUUGUGCAACCAAUAUCGAAGAACACAUCCGCAAAGAGUGUGGACAUCUACCGAGCUGCAUUUGCAUUCGAAGCCCAGCACGCGGACGAACUCACCCUGCGCCCUGGAGACAAAGUCCAGGUGACCUGCAAGGUGAACAACGACUGGUGGCAAGGGAGGCUGUUGGGAUCAACUUCAAACGAAGGCAUCUUUCCCGCCGCCUUUGUGGAAAGCCUGUCCUAAAUGGUGUCGGGUAGCAAUGAACUUCUCGGCAGGAUAACAAAACAUAAUGCCUGCAAGGCAACUAAAUUUCCUCGCCCGCAGGCCGCAAGACCGGGGCGCUGCGGCACUUCUUCCGAACAUGUUAUGCACUUUGUAAACUUCUCGCUCCCGCGAGUGCUGCAGAGUACUUUUCACGAGUAUUGCCACGGUGCUGCAUGAGGGUGCUCGUACUGAAAAAUUUGUGUGCACAUACGGACUACAGACUGUAGCAGUGUAGGCCCCUACAGAUCACGCCAUUGGGUGGUUGGCAUCUGUAUGUAUGCAUCAGUUGAUAGGCGUUGACACGAACGCAUGCGUCCAGCGUGGUGCACUGUGUAUGUAGUUACGUUACCGUAGCGGCCAUACUUGCCAUGCCUAGGUCGUGUAAAUACGUGCUACCGGGCGUUUGCGGAACUGUUAGGGUACUGUGUACAACAUAUGCAAGUUGCCAAGGUAAUAAUUGUUGUGUUCAAAGGACUGCAAGGUCACACACAUUUUACAUAGGAUGGCGUGUUCAUCGCCAGCCACCUGUGUCAGUGUACUUGAAGCUUUUUGCGGGUACUCAUUUUCUCUGUGGGAACUUUUCUCUCUUUUUUGUUUCCGCUGCAGUUGCCCAUAGAGAGAUAAGUGCAAGCCUAGUCAGUGGGACACCUAGGAGAACAAAGGAAAACUAAUGACGCCGUAGUGUUUUUUUCUUUUGGCUUCUGCCUACACUGGCCAAGCGUUAUUCUGUGCAAGUGAUGCACUUGUCCGUUGAAUAUGGAUGGAGCACUUGCUUGUUUUGCAUGCGAUCAUGCUUUCUCGUGCCAGGCAUUUUCGUUCGUAUAGCAUCAUGCUUGAUUAUGCUGCAAAAAAUGAAAAUGAGUCAGCGUCAUUGUAAUAAUAUCUGCUUGCAUAUUUAUCGUGCGAAGGGAGCAGAUGUAAAAUCUGAUGGAAAGAUCAAAGAAAUAUUUGAGUGCGCCGCUGUGGCAGCAUGGCCAGUGCGCAGUGACAUUCCGAGUGAUGGUAUUGUUUUGUCGGAAAAUGUUUGCACUUUUCUAAGUACCUGGUGAACAAAAAGUGCAGACUGGACAGAAAGGUUUUUACACGGCUUUUUUUUACUAAAUGACGCCAGCUCGACCAGCACUGUGGCUGUCUGAUGCGUCGAGAUGACUGUAAAAUUUCUGAAUGUGCUUUUAUUUACACAAAGAAAAAAUAAACUGUGCGCAGGAUAUUUAA